AUGACCGAUUCUGUAGUCGGUACGGAUCAGACCGACGUUUGCUUUUGGAAUCGCGUUCUCGAUGUGUACAACGAAUUCAAACCAGAUGGGAGCGUCGAGCGUACAGCUAGCCAGGUCCGGAAGAAGUUUGGAAGGAUUACUAAAGCGUUGAAGAGGUUCAGUGGUAUAUACGAGACCCAACUCCGCCUUGCUGAGAGCGGCCGCACCGAAGCCGACGUACGAGCGUUGUCGUAUCAGUUGGUCCUCAUCGACAAAGAUCCUGUCUCUGGGCCGAAGCGGACAAAACUAGGCGUCGCCGGCAACUACAGCAGUAGUAGUGACUCACGCGCCUUCGACCUGAACGAUGAUGCUUCGGAGGAGGAGCCCCCCUCCAGACUCUCUCGGCGCCCACGUCCGCAGGGCCAGCGUGCCGCAAUCCGGGAAUCUAGAACCGGCUCUCAGUUCUCCGCUGCGACCUCUACAGCAAUGCCCUCAACACCGCGGGCGGCUUUGGCUCAUACCCUAGAGGUGCAGAUGAUGAAGCAACUUCAGGAGAAUUUGGCCUUGUACUAG